CUAGUAAAUUUAUUAUUGACAUUGACACUUGACUUUUAAAGAUUUGACAGCUUUUUGUUUUGUAAUGUUUUCUUUCUUUUCUUGUUCAACGUUCUGCAUAGAACAGGUAAUAAACCGAAAUGGCGAAGUCAAAGAAUCACACAAAUCAUAACCAAAAUCGCAAAGCCCAUAGGAAUGGUAUUAAAAAGCCUAAGAAGUUCAGACACGAGUCUACCCUUGGAAUGGAUCCGAAAUUCUUGAGGAAUCAAAGGUUUUGCAAAAAAGGCAACCUAAAACCAGCAAAACAACUUGCAAAGGCAGCAGAGAGAAAAGCUGUGCGAGAAUCGAAAGCUAAGAAAUGAACAUCUAGCUUUUAAGAUAAUAUAAAAAUCAACAAAAUCCA